GACAGUACAGAAAAUACACGAUCAAAGUUUUGAAAAGCAACGAGAAGAAGAGCGCGGUGUUUGCACCAACAACAACAAAAAAAAAACAGUGUUGAACGAAACCAUUCUUUUUAUUUGUUUACAUCUUCACCCGCUAGACGAUUGGGCACAUUCCGGUCAAUUUUUCACGUCCUAGUGUAGUCCCCCCCGAAACGUUGAAGGUCGAAUGUACGCUGUGUGCAACGGUUAGCGAGGAGUGUAAGCGGCGUCUUUACGCAAAUCUACCGUACCGGCAAAUGAGCGUUGUAGCAAUGUAUCGCGGCAACAAGGACUAGUAAUUGGCUGGCUGGUCAGUAUUUGAACCGUGUGCCGAAAGCUAGCGCUCUGCUGCCCGAAGUGCACCAUAACAGUAUGAACGGACCACCGGGAGUGUCUAUCUUCAACGAUGGUGUUAGCAUCAACCUUAACCGCAGCGAUCGGCAAGAUGCCCUGGAGGAGGAAGAGCUGCAACAGGACCAGAAGCGCCUGCAGGAGGAGCUGGCGAACGAUGUGAAACAGGCAUUCGACGACGUGAUAUGUGACGACAAUGAUACGCUUAAUUCGUUCAGCCAUCGGUAUUCCGAUGAAGACGACGAUGAAGACACUGCCGGGCGCAGUGACAAACGACCACCACCGCCACCCGUCGUAAUGUCCACAAAUCCCCUGCUGAACCCAACCGACCAAGGGCAAAUGGGUCCCACGCACGAUUACGGUGGUGGUGCAGCACGGGAACUACGGCUGCUGCUCGAAUCGAAAUCCCGCGAGCUGGAGCACGUUAUGCGAGAGCUGUACGAGCAGCGGCACAAGCACGAGCAGCAGGUGGGCGAGCUGGAAAAGCGGCUGCUGAUCGAACAGGCCGAAAAGGAUCGUGCCUGCAUGACGCGCGACCAAACUCGCCAACUGUUGGUGCAGAGCAAGACGAAGAUUUCCGAGGCCGAGGAUACGAACGAUAAGCUGCGCGGCAAGGUGUCCUCGCUGGAAGAUCAAAACGUGAAGCUUGUGGCCGAGCUGGAGCAGAAAAACAUGAUGCUGCAGGACACCCAGCAUCGCUACCGGAUGCUGGAGCAAAACACGGCCCAAAAAGCUGAUCGACACACGGACGCACUGCUGAAGCAAACGGAGGAACGGCACAACGCGAAGAUGGCCAUGAUGCAACAGCAGAUCGAUAACCUGCGCAGCGAGCUGGACGAACGGCAGCAGGAAUGCCGCCGGCUGGAGGCACGCUACAGCGAGCUACAGAAGUCGCGCGAAGCCAUGCUUAUCGAGCAGUCCGAAACGGUGCAACGGUUGCAGGAUCAGCUGGAGGAUUCCCAGCGCCAGUGUUCGAAUUUGCUGUCCAAAAGCAAGACGCAGGGUGAUUUUGGCGAGCAGGAAAGGCAACGAAUGCGCAGUCGUAUACACACGCUCGAGCAGGAACAGUCGGGGCUGAAGCAAACCAUACACGAUCUCACCGACCGGCUGGAGAAAACGAAUGCCGAACUCGAUCUGAUGGACAGCCUGGUGCACGGACAGGACGAGGAAGAUCCAGCCGGCGGUGGAAGCGUGAUCAAUCAGGCCGAUCCAAACACCACGGGUCACUAUACCUUUGCCCAGCGCAAUUUGAUCGGUAGCACGCCGAACAACAAUAAUGUGGCGCUGCUGCGUGAUCGAGCGGCCGGUGGCGAUGGACCGAACUGCGAUAAUCGGGUGGUGCGGCUUAAGAACGAGCUGCGAGUGUGUAUGGCAGGGCAGAAGGAGAAGCGCGAUCUGGUACGCCAGCUGGAAGCGAACCUGCAGUCGAAAGAUCGCGAACUGGAGCAACUGAAAAGGGACGAAAGCGAUACGCUCGUGCAGAUGAACCAGUACAAGGAGGAAGCAUUCCGGCUCGCAUCCAAAUGCCGAAUACUGGAACAAGAGCUGGAAAAGCUGACGGGCGAUGCGUCGUCCUCGAGGAAGGACAGUGACCGAUCGAUCACUGCGGGCAGCCGACGACGAUCGAGCGGCACCGACGACCACCGACAGGAAGCGGCAUUUCUCGAGGAUAAGAUUUUCGGUCUGCAGCAAGCGAAGCUCGAAGCGGACGAUCGGGUCGCGGAGCUCGAGCGCGAGAAGAAACAGCUGUCCGCGCGGUGUGAAACGCUCAGCAGUGAGGCCGGUUCCUGUGCCGCGCUAAAGUUGGAGGUGGAAAAGCAAAAAUUCCUUCUCCAGGACGCCCAAAAGGAGUGCGAGCGGUUGAAGCGAUUGUACAUCGAGGUGAGCGGAGCGAAGGAAGAGCUGGGACGCGAACUGUCCACACUGCGAUCGCAGGACAGUGCGAAGCAGAUUGCCGUCUUGCAGGAGCAAGUCGUGUCGCUCGAGCGUGCCCUCCAGCUGGCCGAGUUGAAGGCGUCCGAGCUGGGGAAGUUGCUUGACAAGGAGAAGACGAACCACGAGGAGCUGCUGAAGCAGGUGACCGCUGGUGGCAGCACCGGCAGCAGUACGAACGACGGCAAAGCUCCACCGAGCUCGGGCAGUGCCAGCUGCACCAAGUGCAUCGAUGCAUUGACACAAAUCUCAAAGCUGGAGAUCGAAAACCUUAAGCUCCAAUCGUCCUGCUCAUCGCAGCUGCGCGAAAUAGCCGAGCUGAAGGUUCAGCUGAACGAACAGGCAGCGACCGUAACGGAGCUGCACAAACGGCUCGACCUGAAGGCGGAACGCGACCAACUGCUGGACGAACUGAAGGAAAAAGCCGCCCAGUUCGAGCAGAUCAUUCGCAACCAAAUCUCGACCAACACGUCCAGCACCACCGGCGACAAUGCCAGCUCCUCCUCACCGCCACAGCGCCGGGAGGUUUGCUCGCGCGAUCAAAGCGUCGGCCCGGACGACCCGAUCGAGGAGGAUUCCGAAACCAGGCGACGACAGAUGCGCGAGCUCGAGCAAAAGGUGCGCGAAGAGAUGGCAAAGGUUUACGCCGGGAAGGUGAACCAGAUAGAGGAGAAGUUUGUCGCGCAGUUCAAUCGCUUCAAGGAAAACAUCGACACGCUCAAGCACGAGCUGUACGAUCGGGUGGCCGAGCUGAAGGUACGCAACCAGGAGGUGGAGGUGCUCAAGUGUGCCAUCGUUACCGAGCGCGACAAGAUGGGUGAACUGCUGGCCCAGAAGGACACCGAUGCCCGCUCCCUGUUCGACAAGCAGUCCGAGCUGAUGGGCAAGUAUAAGGCCGAACUAGCGAACGGGCAGAAGCGGGUGCAAUUUCUCGAGCGCGAGCUGCAGGAAAAACGCGAACUGGUGGCCAGCGAACGGCAGUCGAUGGAGAAGCUGAUCGCCCAGAUCACGGCCGAGCGUAAAAUGUUUCGCGAGCGUGAGCAGGAAAUGAACGACCGGUUCAAGGAGGUCGAGCUCGAGUACCGGAAGAGCCUGGAUCUGGUGACGGAAAAGUAUCAAUCGGCGAAGAAAACCGCACUCAAUUACAAGAAAUACGCGGAAGACAAGGAGCAGCACAUGCUGAAGGAGUACGAUCGCAUCAAGGAAGGCUACAAUGUGGCGCUGCAAAAGGUACAAACGCGCAUGAAGGAGGCGCUGGAAGGCAAGGAACAAAGCAUGCGGGACCGGAUUGCUAAGCUGGAAGCCGAUUACGAAACCAAGCUGCAACUUAUCCGGCAGAAAAGCUAAUGAAAGCUAACACAUACAUACAUACAUAUGAAGCAUUGUAUGCGUAGCCAACCAUGACGAUAUUGUUACACACACACACACAUAUUAACAAAACUGCCUUGUUAGCAAACACUGCCGACUGUGCUUCUAUUUCCUUCCCCCUUGAAAUAGAGAGCUCAUGGAAGUGAUCCUGGAGAGCAUGGGAAAAGUAUUUUGUGCGCAGUAUUUGCUUAAGAGAUUCAGACGCACCUGAAAAGCCGUAUAUGGAAUAGAAAAUGUUUAACGCCGCACUAUGCUUGCAAUCAACGAAUGUAGUGUGCUUGUAUAUAUAUAGCUUCACAUAGAAAAGAGCCAUUUUUGCCACUAAUAAAAAUAUACUUGUUUAAAGAUUA